AUGGGCUCAAGUAUGUCGAAGAUGAUGAUUGAGGAUGCAAGGCCCUCCCACUCCCGACGCUGCCGGAGGCCGCGGCGAAGCCAGCGCGCACGCGCGCCGCGUCCGAGCAUGCCCAGUCGCGCGCGCCAGCUCCGCGGCGCCCCGGAGCUGCUCUUCCGACCUGCUGCCGACGCGGAACGCUGGGCGGCUGCUCCGCGGGCGACAGGAAGUGAAACGGACCUGCCGGUCGACAGCGGCGGCAGGAACAGAGGCCGGAGGGGCGCUGCAGCGGCGGCGACGACGACGAAGACGACAGAGGUGGCCGAGGGGGCUGAGCGCCGAGGGGAGUCGCCCGCUCGGAAGACGGAUUCCGAGCCGGGCAGGAUGGACCUUCACCAGCCGGGCACGAGCCGCUACCAGGUGCUCCACAAUGAAGAGGAUAAUUCGGAGUCAUCUGCAGUAGAGCAGCCAUCAACUUCAAACCCAACACCACAGAUUGUCCAGACUGCUCCUGCAGCACCAGUGCUGGAAACGGACUCUUCUCCUCCGCCUUACAGUAGUAUUACUGUGGAAGUACCUACAACUUCAGAUACAGAAGUUUACAGUGAGUUUUAUCCUGUGCCUCCUCCCUAUAGUGUUGCUACCUCUCUUCCUACAUAUGAUGAAGCUGAGAAGGCUAAAGCUGCUGCGAUGGCAGCUGUGGCAGCAGAAACAUCUCCAAGAAUUCAAGAGGAAGAGUGUCCACCAAGAGAUGACUUCAGUGAUGCAGAUCAGCUUAGAGUUGGGAAUGACGGCAUUUUCAUGCUGGCGUUUUUCAUGGCGUUUAUUUUCAACUGGCUUGGAUUUUGCUUAUCCUUCUGUAUAACCAAUACCAUAGCUGGAAGAUACGGUGCUAUCUGUGGAUUUGGUCUUUCAUUAAUCAAAUGGAUCCUUAUUGUCAGGUUUUCUGAUUAUUUUACUGGAUAUUUCAAUGGGCAAUAUUGGCUAUGGUGGAUAUUUCUUGUACUUGGCCUUCUCCUUUUCUUCAGAGGAUUUGUUAAUUAUUUAAAAGUGAGAAACAUGUCUGAAAGCAUGGUAGCCGCUCACAGGACAAGGUAUUUCUUCUUACUGUAAAGACUGCAUCAACCAGACAUUCCUUUCCUAUACCAGUGUGAAAUUUCCGGAAGAUCUGUAAACCUACAACUUUAAUAAGAUAGAAGACGACUAAUAACAGAAGAAAAGUGAUGAAAAGAUAGUUUCAAAAUUGACAGGGUGGUUUAUGUUUAAAAGCCAUUUCUGUUCAUUCUUAUAAAUACUGAUGUUUCACUUGUUUUGCACACUGGCAUAGUGCUCAUUUAAAAGAUUUGCACAUGCUUGAAAUAACUGAAAAGCUGGUGGCAGUAAAAUUCAGUCACAUUUGGUUAAUCAGUGUUUGAUAUAAUUGAAAGAGUUAAGUGAUAGUCUUCCAGCAAGUAAGUGCCACUGACUUCUGAUCUGACAUUUAGUACAAUAAAUAUGAAAUUAUUAACCAUGUCAAA